UUUCUGGCAGUUCUCUUCUUUUUCUCUCUUACAUUGGAUCCUCUCUGCAUCUGAGACUAUGAAACUAGUGUACGUGUGCUGUUCACUGCUGAUAGCCAUCAGACAGGGUCUAGAGGGCACUGGCAGUGGCCCUUCUGGGGUUCUGGACAAGGCGUCUGGAGCUUCCAGCUGCUCCCAGGUGAGACUGAAGCCAGCUGGGCAAUGUGACGAUGAGGCUGAGUGCCCGUACCAGCUCACUCUGCCGCCUCUGACCAUCCAGCUUCCCAAACAAUUCAGACUACUAGAAAAGACCAUGAAGGAGCUUCAAAGUUUAAAGGAGACCGUAAACAGGAUGAAGAUCUCCUGCCAGGAAUGCAGCUCGCAGCAGGUGGAUGUCCAGAAAGACAGUGGAGACCUUCCGGCUGGCAGCGCUGAGAGCAGAAGGGACAUCGGCACGAGAGUCUACAAUAAUGGGAAUGUGAGCAAUAAUGAUAUUGUGCAGGACAUGCGGGUGAAAAUGAACCGCAUGUCUAACAGCCUGAAGAACGCACGUGUGCAGAUAAACUCUCUUCAAGGUCGGCUGGAGGAGCUUAACCUCCUUAACUUGGACAACGUUGAAGAAAUAGUGGACAGGAAGGUUGAAAACAUCACGGGGAUGGUCAACAAAAUCAGCAGAACUUGCACUUCGCAGUGCCCAGAUCAAGAACUCUAUGAAUUCCAAAACAUGAAAAAAUUCACUCUCAGAGACUGCUCUGACAUCAGCAUGCUGCGACAAAGAACAAACGGGGUGUACAAUGUGACCCCUGACCCCAGGAACGGGAGCUUUCCUGUGUACUGCGACAUGGAGUCAUUUGGAGGUGGUUGGACUGUUAUACAGCACCGCAUCAAUGGCAGCGUGAGCUUCAACCGCACCUGGAUCGAUUACAAAAAUGGCUUUGGUGACCUGAAUGCAGAUUUGUGGCUGGGCAAUGAUAAAAUCCACCUGCUCACCAAGGCCAAGGACAUGGUCCUGCGUAUUGAGCUUGAGGAUUUUGAUGGCACACGUGGGUAUGCCAAGUACGAUCAGUUCUAUGUGUCAAAUGAGUUCCUCCAUUAUCGGCUGUCUUUGAGCGGUUACUCUGGGACUGCUGGGAACGCUCUGCAGUUUAGCAAACACUUCAACCACGACCAGAAGUUCUUCACAACACCCGAUAGAGACAAUGACAUGUACCCUUCAGGGAAUUGUGGGGCAUAUUACGGAUCGGGUUGGUGGUUUGAUGCCUGCAUGUCAGCAAAUCUCAAUGGAAAAUACUACAAAACCAAGUAUAAAGGGAAAAGGGAUGGAAUCUUCUGGGGCACGUGGCACAACCUGACCAGCGAGUACUAUCCAACAAACUACAGACAAGCCUUUAAAAGAGUCAAAAUGAUGAUACGGCCGAAGAAUUAUGCGCCCUAAACUGACUCAUUUACAAAACAAGUAUUUCUGGUGCCGUUAUGGACUCUCCAAAAAUUUGCUAUUAUAUUUGUAGCUACCGUUUUGGAUACUUAUUUGGUCAAGAUGUAGUACCAUUGCAUUUCUCUGAAAACUUAAAGUGAUACUUCACCCAAAAAUGAAAAUUCUGUCAUCAUUUACUCACAUUCGAGUUGUUCAAAAUGUGUAUACAUUUCUUUGUUCUGAUAAACACAGAGAAAGAUAUUUGGAAUAAUGCUUAUAACCAAACAGAUCUCAACACCCAUUGACUCCCAUAGUAGGAAAAGUGACAAUGGUAGUCAAAAGUGCCCCAGAACUGUUUGCUGUCCUACAUUCUUCAAAAUGUCUUAUUUUGUGUUCAACAGUUAUUUUUCCAACUAUGGGAGUCAAUGGGUGUUGAGAUCUGUUUGGUUAUAAGCAUUAUUCCACAUAUCUUUCUCUGUGUUAAUCAGAAUAAAGAAAUACACAUAUAUACACAUUUGGAACAACUUGAAGGAGAGUAAAUUCUGACAGAAUUUUAGGGUGAUGUAUCUCUUUAAGUGAGAAACUGCGUGAGCUAUUUCUUUGUGUGUGUGCUACUGCCCUCUUGUGUUCAACUGUUUUAUUACACAAUAGCCUGUGUGCAGAUAUAUAAAGUUGUAGAUGUGAGGUUCAAGUAAGAAAUGUACAGUAUUUAUUUUUGAAAGAACGGGCUCUUAAGAUUUUACUACAUUUACUGCAUUUUACUGAGAAUAAGCAUAGGCAAAUAAAAAAAUUGCACUUUCUCCUUAUUAAAUUGAAAAUUUUUCAAAACUUUAUUUUGUUUAAACAAUGUUUGUAUAUUGGAGCAUUUUUAUUAAAUAUCUGUAUGUGUGGGAAAGGUACAUUAACCUUUUGUAUGAAUUAAAUAAAUUCUUUCACACAAACAAAAAAUCUACCUGGUCCAGGCACUGUAAAGCUGGAUUUGAUGAUAUCACAGUGGGUUGUUUAUAAUGACCAUCAGCCUCUGGCGCAAUUGCAGAAAGGGGUGUGGCCCUCUCAUCAGAUUCCUCCUCU